AUGGCGGCGCUGGCAGCAGAGAAACAAACACGGACGCUGGAGGAAGGUGCGAGAUUACGUACCGAGGAGGAGGCGCGUCGUCAACUGGCAGCAGAAAGGGCGAAUGCCGCAGAGGAGCGGAAGAGAGCGGCGGAGGAAAUGCUGAGAACGCAGGCCGCAGAGAGAGCUAGGGUCGAGGCAGAGGCAAAAAUGUGGAUAGAGGAUGAGGCAGUUCGUCUGAGAGAGGAGGCAGAUAGGGCAACCGCUGCAGAGAGAUUAAGGCUGGAGGCAGCGAUGAUGGUUCGCAGAGAGGAGGAGGCGCGGCAUGCAAAGGAGGCGGCUGAGACGUCGCAGGCCGUAGAUGACCGGAAAAGGGCGGAAGAACGGCAGAGGGCAGCGGCCGCAUUAAGGGCCAGGCUGGAGGCAGAGGAUAAGCAACGCAAAGAGGAGGAGGCCAUGCGUGCGAUAGAGGAUGCAGAGAGGGCGAGGUCCACAGAUGAGGGCAAGAGAGCGGAGCAGGAACGGCAGAGGGCAGAGGCUGCAGAUAGGGUGAGUGCGGAAGCAUCUGCAAUGAUUCGUAGAGAGGAAGAGGAGCGGGGUGCAAAAGUGGAGGCAGAUAAGGCGAAGGCCGUAGAGGAGAGAAGGAGAGCGGAACAAGAACGGCAGAGGGAAGAAGCUGAGGAGAGGGUCAGGACAGAGGCAGCAGCGAUGGUUUGCAGAGAGGAAGAGGCGCUGCGUGCUAGAGAGGCGGCAGAGAGGGCGAGGGUCGCAAAGGAGCGCAUGAGAGCGGAGCAGGAACGUGAGAGGGCAGAGGCUGCAGAUAGGGGUGAGGGCGGAAGCAGCUGCAUGAUUCGUAGAGAGGAAGAGGAGCGGCGUGCAAUAGAGGAGGCAGAUAAGGAGAAGGCCGUAGAGGAGCGAAGGAGAGCGGAACAAGAACUGCAGAGGGAAGAGGCUGAGGAGAGGGUCAGGACGGAGGCAGCAGUGAUGGUUCGCAGAGAGGAAGAGGCGCUGCGUGCUAGAGAGGCGGCAGAGAGGGCGAGGGUCGCAGAGGACUACAACGAAGACGCUGAAAACAUGCUGCGGGAGUACAGAGAGGCUAAGGCGAUAGCAAUCAUCGAACGGCAGAGGGCAGCGCAGACACGCACGGAAAUCAACACUUCUAUACAGGGGCUCCAUCGCAGAGUAGCCGAAUCAGUUCAACGCGCAGUGGCACGGGAGUACGUGACGCUGUUGAGCUCGUUGAAGGAGCAUGUGAAAGAGGGGGAAGAUGCGGCAAUGGGCAGGGCGGCGCUGGAGGGAAGACUUAGGGUGCUUCUACCCAACGACUACAUGGAGACGAUGAAAAAGGCUAUUAUCGCCAACGUCCAUGAAACACUUGCAGGGGUCAAGUCUGCGAUGGAUGAGAAUUGCCGGAGGCUUGAGAAUUUGAAAGCCGACAUCCUGGCAGCGGUGGAUGAGAAGGUGUCUGGGAGGAUACAGGUCGGCCAGGUUCCGGUACAACAACCCAACCCACCGUCUGCCCCGCAUUUCUCCCAACCUUUCGCAUGUGACAACUCCCCAGAUGCAGCGCUCGCGGCGGCCGCGAACAUGGUCGAGAGAUGGGGGUUUGCAGGCCGACAGGAGAUGCUGGAGUCGGAAAGACGUACAGAGACGGGAGGGGAACACACCAGCGUUGAAAGGGAGGCACAGAUGGGACGUGGCGAACCCACGGCGGUGACCAGCAUGGGGCGGGCUGACAAGGAUGGAGAAAAGGCGAAUGAACAACGUGCUAGUGAGGCUGCGGAGCAACAGCGGCGCAUGGAGGAAGCAGAGCGGCAGAGAGCGCUCGAGGAGGAGCAGCGUGCUGCUAUAGAGGCGGAAGAGGCGAGGCUAAGAGUCGAACAGGAACGGGUAGCGGCGCAGAGGCGCGCGGCGAGGGCGGCAGCACUUUCGAUGGCAGAGUCAAGGCGCAAGCGCCUUGAAGAGGAUGCUGCACGGGAGGGGGCAGAAGGGGAAAGACGGCAUAGGGAAAUGGAGAUUGAGCGAAAGCGACUUGAGGACGAGCUAGAGCGUUUGGCAAAGGAGGACGAGCAAGAGAUCACGGCAGAGGAACGGUUGCAAAGCGAUCACGUGGCAGAUCUUGGUGUAACAGCUACCAACAGUUGCAAUGUAGAGGGUCCGCCAGAACGUACAGUGGAGGAUUCGGAGGGAGUUGUGGAACGGGGAGAAUCUGCACGACAAGCACCCGCACCACCAGCCCGUUUUACGAGGACAAUAACAGGAUCCCUCUCUGGACGGAUAGCACAACGUGGUAUCACGAUCGCCACCUCCAUGGUAGAGACAGUUAGGAUUGCGCGGCAGAUGGAUGCGCGGUCUACGGAGGCGGUGACUGGAUCUACACCACUGGUGCCUUUCGACGCGCGAGAACGCACAAAUUGGGGUACUUCAGGAGACAGGAUCGAGGCGGAGGAUACUGGUGUGCCCUCGAUUGCGGCAGAUCAAGCCACAUUACCACGCCGGGAAGCCGUAGAAGCUGAAGGGCGCAGAACACCAAACUUGGAUAACGUGCGGUCUGCAGACGAUUUUUCUGCAGAAGAGGACAGCGGCGGGCGAAUGCAGGAGAGGGAACAAAGGAGCGCAACGGCUGUGGAAAAAAGAGCGCAGAAUCAUGCAGAGAUGCAGGAGCGAGAUGCAGGAGUGGGGCAGAGUCAAUGCGAAGAUGCUGAGUGGAUCACGAUGAAUGUGGAUCGUACGAAGAGGGGGGCAGAUAGUGCUUUACGAGUUGUCCAUCACAAGGAAGUGAUGGUCACCCAAGACGCGGAUGGUGACCGGAGACGUCAACGCGUACAAUCGGAGUGUGACGCUGAAAGGCCUGCAGCGAAAAGGCUAUGCUCUGCCAACAAUUCAGAGCCAGGGGAUGCGGGUGUGCAUCUAGUAGAUGCAACGCGGGGUGCGGUCGAUUUACCCGCCCUUGGGUCCGGUGUUCUACAGGUUCUGCAAGUGGGCGACGCAGAUGUAGAGCGAGCCGACGAUGAUUCACACGAGCAGCCAAUUCCUGAGGCGGACGACGAGGGGAAGAGACCUGGAGUGCAUCGGCCGUUCAAGGCGCCGGGAUUGUUCGAGAGAAACAAAAACGAUCCUGAGAAGAUGCGGUACACAUCUGAGCAGACGCUAGGGGGCAAGAAGCGGAACAUGGGGUCACAUAAGGAGGCGUGGAGUAGAAACUUCACCGUCUGUGUCUGCUGGCUAGCGUACUUCCCGGAUUGCAACUUGUCAUCUUACGGGAUCCCCGCCACAGAUAUUGAAAGGUGGCGCGAUGAACUCCAAUUUGCAGUAUCUCUGCCGACUGGCGUGUGGAGUGUCAUCAACGAGCUGUCGCUGGACAGAUAUGCCAAGUGA